AGGCGGAAAUGGCGAGCCCCACCCGGCGCAGCGCUGGAUCGCCGAGCCCGCAACUGCACGUGCAAAUAUUCCCGCUGUCGCGACCCGGGGCUCCAGUUUUUUUUUGCCUCAGGGGUCGGGCAAGGAAGGCGAGGAUCGGUCAGGACGCAGCUCCUGUCAGGGCAUCGCCCGGUGCUCACCUUGGAUCGGAACCCUGGCCGGAAGCGUUUGCAAGGAAAAGGGAGACAGACGGGGUCCGCUUUGCCUCGCGGUGGAUCGGCAGACUGAGCAGAAAGGGCCACCUGGACGGACAGGAAUUCCGUGCGGUGUCUUCAGCGCGACACGCGACCACCUUCAAGCGGCGUGUAACUCUCAUCUGGAAAGGGACACAGGCGCGGUCCGUUAUCGGGCUUGGUAAUUUAAAACCGCACAUGCCAAAGGAUCAAGAAGCACUGAGCACUGGGCCAUGUUCAGAAGCACUACCUGUACCGGGUAACAUUAUGUAUCUUACCUGGGUUGAGCAAAAGAGAGCCCGGCAGAUUGUGGUAGGCGCCUUGUGGUUACCCUCUCAUCCCUGGAGGCGAAAGGGCGAAUCAUGCGCCGGCCGUUGGUCCGGGCGUGUAUCAAAGCGACGAUGCUUGUCCGAUCCGCUUGCCCGCGAGCAACAACAACUUGCAGAGCAUCCCCGUACUCGUUUCUCCCCUUGAGCCGGGGGUCGAU